AUGUCCCGCAUAAUGUCGUCUGCAGUCAGCAUUGUCAGCCUCCUUGUAUUCGCCCUGUCAGCCCUUAUCGCAAUCGAACCUGUGCGUGCGCUGGCGGUACCGGAGAUGUUAACGAUUAUGAGGAGGGACGUAUGGGCUCCUGAGAUUACCUCGCCGGAGGAGGGUGAUGUAUGGAGAGUAGGAGAGACGGUGCUGGUCACCUGGUCUACUGAGGAUGCACCAGCGCAAGUGACGAACUCAAACGGCCAGGUCGUUCUGCGCACUGUUGAUGGGUUUGUACAAGGUCUGGGCGGAUUGAACGAACCGUUGGCGAGCAACUUCUCGCUUUUCGAUGGCAAGGUCGAACUGCAAGUACCUACGGUUCCUGCACGUACGGAUUACAAGGUUGUUUUGUUUGGCGAUUCCGGAAACGAAAGUCCCGGAUUCACAAUCUCAAAUCCUGUAGUCGAAGCAUUUAACUCGUUUUAA